CCUAUCUCCUCCUUACUAUGCAAAGAGCCCCAGUUGGCUGCUGCCUCCUUUACAAACUAUGGUAAUUGACAGCUGUUGAGAGCCUGUGUGCAGCGAGUGAGGGAGCUAAGCUUUGCUCCCUUUCAGAAUCCAUUCCCACAAACUUUCCUCAUCUUUAUUUUCAAUAUAGUUAUUGUUUUGUUAUUUUGUGUUGUUGUUCUUUGCUGUGGAUCCCACGCCCCGUGUCUCAUUUCCUCUUUCUGACCACUUCUGAGGAGGUUAUUUGAUCAGUUGUGCAGAGCUGUCAGUGGAUCGCGUCUGCGGAAGAGAUCUAGAUUCUAAGUGAUCAGCCAGAGGGGAAACUUGUAGAAAAUAAGCACCUGGCACAAGCUCAUCAAACAUCUGGCUUUAUUGACCUGUUUUGAUGUGUGAGCAUCUUCUGAUGCGGCUCCACGUUUCGCAGGGUUUUGGCCACUCCCACAUGAUGCUGCUAAGUACCGGGAAAAUGACUCUGAGUGAAACUGACUGAGAGAGAGGGAAGAUUCAAGAAGCAAGCUGCCACUGUGUCCCUGGAGCUUUAUAUGCAAAGGAUGUAAGUCACUUGGGGCUUGUGUGUUCAGUACGGAAAAAUUGUUGCCGAAUAUUUUUUUUCCACCAAAGUUGAACUGAGUGUUCACAUUUAAAGAAGAAACAGAAUGGGAAAACAGAACAGUAAACUGAGACCUGAAAUCUUGCAAGAUCUUCGGGAAAACACAGAGUUCACAGAUCAUGAGCUACAAGAGUGGUAUAAAGGAUUCCUAAAGGAUUGUCCCACAGGGCACCUAACAGUGGAAGAGUUCAAGAAGAUCUAUGCAAACUUCUUUCCUUAUGGUGAUGCCUCAAAAUUUGCAGAGCAUGUAUUUCGUACCUUUGACACGAACGGGGAUGGGACGAUUGACUUUCGGGAAUUUAUAAUUGCGCUUAGUGUCACCUCACGAGGAAAGCUGGAACAGAAGCUUAAGUGGGCAUUUAGCAUGUAUGACCUGGAUGGUAAUGGUUAUAUAAGUCGAGGAGAAAUGCUAGAGAUUGUACAGGCAAUAUACAAAAUGGUUUCAUCUGUGAUGAAAAUGCCAGAAGAUGAAUCUACUCCAGAAAAGCGAACAGAUAAAAUUUUCAAACAGAUGGAUACAAAUAAUGACGGUAAACUUUCCCUGGAAGAAUUUAUAAAAGGUGCCAAGAGUGAUCCUUCAAUUGUCCGGUUGUUACAAUGUGAUCCAAGCAGCACAAGCCAGUUCUAAUUAAUUUCAUCUGUAAGGACAGUCACAAUAAAAAAAAAACAGGCUUGUCAUUCAAGCAUUUCUUGCAAGUGGAUGCCUUCUCAGUCAUUCCUCUACUAUUAGUGGAUAACAACCCUUUAACAGAUUGUUUUCUAUGUAUUAGAGAGCGAACAGCCUUGCGCCGAUUCUGUUUCCCAGUAUAUACAACAUUCCUUUCUCAUAUACUGCAUCCCAUGUCAUUUAAAGGUAUGUUUACAUGCAGGUAUAAAGAGAUCCGAUUGCUGAACUGGCUGCCCUGGAAAAAAAAAAUGUGGAAGAAUCUGAUGAUGUUAUGAUGACACUAUAUGGAACUUAGGAAUACGAGGCAAUUAACUGUCUAUUUUAUGUUGUGUUAAACCCAACUACAAAGAAAUAUGGACUAAUGUUGGAAGCACAAGAGUAUAUAUUUUUUCUUCUCUUAAGCUUAUAGCUUAAUAUCUUUAUAAAAUAAAAGUAGUGAUAUUUUAUAUAUAUAUAUAUAUAUAUAUAUAUAUAUAUAUAUAUAUAAUGUGCAACAUUUUCUGGCAUAUAACAUUCAGAAAUGAAAAGUUAAAUAGAAAUAAAAUUGUAUCAGAAAAUAUUCUCGUAUAGACGCUGAUUUCCCACUUUGAUGGACUUGUGAGGAGCAUAAUUCCAUCCUUUGAAACCUGCAAACCAUUACUAUUCCAUCCGUUUUUUAGCAAGAAGUUUUAUGUGCCAGAAAAUACUAUGAAUAUAUACGCACACAAAUCCUGACGAGGAACUGUGCUAGCUUAUAUUAAACCUAUUCCCUGCCAGAGGAACAGUAUCUCCUUUGACAAUAAAGGAUCUUAUACUGCACGUAGAUGUAAAGCUUUUUCCCUGUAAUUGUGAUUAUUUCUCAUAGCCUUGAUCAGACAUUGUUACUGUGACUUGUAUGCAUUUAGCAAAUCACUGUUUUAACAGGAAGCGCAUGCCCAGCAUUUAAUAUGGCUGCUUAAAAUUUGUUUAUUUACUGAAUGCAAAUAUUUGUUGACAAGUCAGUCUUAUGUUAAUUGUUUCAGAGUUUGUGUUUUAAAAAAAAAAUCAUUAAAAAAGAAAGUUCCACUA